UAUACCUAUUUUGUUUAUAUAAAAAAAUAGACUUAUGCUUUCAUCCUAUUUACAUAUUGAAAGAAAGGGUGUAUCCAUAAGAUGCAAUUUUUCUUAAGAAUUAGUGUGAACAUUUGCAUAGAUCUCAGAUACCCUAGAUUAAUAAAAUAAAACAUGUUAAUUUUACCAAAAGGUUAAAAUUUUGAAUUCGGGGCAGUCUUCCUCCAUGCCCUCCUCUCAACAGCAACUAUGUAUGCUAGAUAUUAGUCAAAAGAAUCAACAACAACUAUGUGCGGUGUGUAAUGUAAAAUAUGACAUGUCUGGUGUGUAAUGUAAAAUAUCAAAUAUUCUUAGGCCUUGUACAAUAAAUAAGGAGGCUUGGAAUGUGUUGUGAUCCAACCCAGACUGGUUCAAGAAUUGUAAAGGCCGUUGUACAAAAAAAUAAAUAAAUAUAUAUAUAUAUAUAAUAAUAGGUGUUUUGUAUAUUAAAUUUUUUAAUUAAAAGUUAAAAAUAGGUAUUUAAUAUAACUGAUUUAGGAUUUUGUAUGAGACCUUUUUCAUUAAAAAAAAUUACUUAAAACAGGUAAAGCUAAAUUUAGCUAAAAUUUUAUUUAUACCUAUUUUUGUUUAUAAAAAUAGAGUUAUGCUUUCAUCCCAUUUACAUAUUGAAAGAAAGGGUUUAUCCAUAAGAUGCAAUUUUUCUUAAGAAUUAGUGUGAGCAUUUGCAUAGAUCUCAGAUACCCUAGAUUAAGAAAAUAAAACAUGUUAAUUUUAUCAAAAAGUUAAAAUUUUGAAUUCGGACCCUGGGCAGUCACACUCCGUGCCCUCCUCUCAACAUCAAUUAUGUAUGUCAUAUAAUAGUCAAAAGAAUCAACACCAACUAUAUGUGGUGUAUAAUGUAAGAUAUGACAUGUCUAGUGUGUAAUGUAAGAUAUCAAAUAUCUUUAGGUUUUGUACUAUAAAUAAAGAAGCUUGGAGUGUGAUGUGAUCCAAGCCAAGUGAGUUGAGUGAGUUAAGUCCUAAAAUGUCUCUCGAGUUCUUUGUAAUAUCCUUGAGUGCUUUUAGAAAAAUUAAAAAUUCUUUUUUUUAUAAAUCAUUUGUCCCUAUCUUUAAAAACUUGAUAACAUCUCUUUUGUGGUUGUACUACUAUGUGUUUUAAAUUUGAUUUCCAAGCAGCCCCUGAUGAUACUUAACCAUUACAUGCUUUCACCUGUGAUAUCUAUGGACUAUGUCGUAUGUCACAUUUCAGAUUCUUUACCUUCAGUUAGUUCUGCUGAUUCGUAAAGUAACUAGAAGAACAAACAAGAAAGAAAGAAACCACCAAUGUCUUCAAACAAAGCCUCUUAAUGGGCUUUAUUUAUUUAAAACCCUCAUAUUUUCAUUAUUUUUUUAUUCAAUUUUGGGCCAUUUAGGUGUUGAAAAGUCAAUAUGGAUUUGCUUGAGUGAUUGACCAAUAAAAGUUUAGAGCUUCCGCGCGUGCGGCGCAAGAAACUUAGAAUAAUUCUUCUUGUCAGCCGCCACCCACCUCGUAAGUUCUCAACCAUUCUGUAACAUCCCGAAUUGUGAUAUAUAGAAAGGCUUAAGAGAAUUGAUUUGACUACCUAUAUCACCAAAGUUGACUUACCUUUUCCGGAGCACAUCCUGAAAGAACUCCAGAGUUAAGCGUGCUUGAGCUGGAGUAGUGAAAGGAUGGGUGACCUAUCGGGAAGUGAUUCGCGAUAGCGUGUGACUGAGGCCAAAGAACCGGAAAAAGUCAGUAAACAAUGAUUUCGGGCCUUGGAAAAUUAACGACCGACCGUCAGACGGGAUGGGGCCCACGGGCCGAGAGAGCGGGCGUGGGUGGUCCAUUAGCCGUGGGCGGGUCGGGGCGUUAUACAUUCUUAUUCAAUAUUCAAGUAUAUAUAAUUGCCUCUUCUCUCAUCCUCCUUUCUCAAUAUGUAUUAGGAUUGUAACCUAGCCAGAUCUCUCUUGUGGUCUCUAUAUAUAUGUAAUGUAACAAGGCAUAUAGAAUAAUUAGGGUUUGGAUUCUAUAGGGGAUUAUUAUUUCACAAUUGUGUGGAUUUUCAUAAGAAUGUCUCAUAUUGAUAUGAAGAAGAAUUCGAUGAGGAAGAACAAGAAACUGGUUAUUAAUAUUGCUUCUACGAAGAAAGAAUUUGAAGCUAAUCAUCGGGAUCUUGGUUCUUCAAUAAAAGAUGAAAAAAAGAGGUUUGAAUCAUCAGAGAGACGAAGAGAUGUGUUUGAUCAAAGGAUUCGUUCUAAAGCUAAUGAAGAGAUAUUUGAUCAUGGUACUUCCCAUGAUCAUUCUAGGGUUAGAGACGGAGUGAUGCGUGAGGUUGACGUCGGUACAGGAUUAUCUGGCGCGUUAAAGCUUCUCAGAGAGCAAGGAACUUUCAAGGAGAAAAGCAGCAGCAAGCAUCAUGUAGGUGUUAGAGACAUUAAUCAUGGUAAAGAUGACAGAUUCAAAGAUGCGUUUAAGGAUAUUACGAUUGAUAGGGUGGAUGAAUGUGGCAGGAUAAUGACUGAAAAAGAAGCGUUUAAGAAACUUUGUCAUGGGUUCCAUGGGAAGAAACCCGGGAAGAGGAAGCAAGAGAAACGGAUGAAGAAACAUGAAGACAGCUCAAAAAAUAUAUUGGAGUCUUCAGAUAGAGCUGUGGAAAGGAUGAGACAGGUUCAUGCCGAGUUGAAGAGGAAUUAAUUCAAUGCAUCAUCCCAUGUAGAGACGGUUCCUCCAUCUUCCACGAAGACUCAGCUAUGUAGUGAGAACCUUAGGGACAACUUCAGUGAAUUGCCUGAGAGCAUUCUUAACGUAAUUCUGAGUCAUCUUACAACUCUGGAAGCUGUUAGGACCCUGUUUUAUCAAAGGCAUGAAGCCAGAAAGGUAUAAUAAAUUUAUUGAAUUCGUGGACUCACGUCUCUUUUAUCUUGGUAUCCUUAGAUUAGAAGGGAGUUUAAGAUGAUUUACAUAUAUACGACAUGAUAGACCUUUAUCUAUUCAGGCACUUCCUCAAGUCGGCACCCAUACUCUGAGGCCCGCGUUUCCUUGUUAGUCACGUCAACAUUUCAUCAUCUUAAUGUGUUUUGAUUCUCUCAGUAGAACUUUAAUAUGCAUUUGUGUGGGGUUCUCUGUUUAAUAAACGAAUAUGCCUUUUGGACAAGCUAAAGACAUACACGAGUGUGAAUGUGCCCUUAACCACAUGCAACUUCUUGUGCCACUCCCACUGGACCACUAUACCAUGCAUUAUUUAUUUGGAUGAUGCAGCAUCCUCUAUUGUCUUCUUUUAUCAACUCUAUCAUAUUUAUUUGGUAUAAUAAAAGACAAUAUCAGACUGAAUCUUAGAGAAUUGUUUAUAUUAAACUUAUGGUCCUCUGUUUUCUGGUCUAAAAAUAUCGAAAAGUUGUUUUGGUGUUAUGCGUUAAAAGAUACUCUCCUUUAUUUGAUGUAAUAGGUGACACAAACUUAUUGGCAUAAUAAUGUGUUGAGAAGGAUGUGUUUUUAAUAUUGAACUACAAAUUAGGUUCGUUGAUUCUUUUUGAAGGCUACCAAACAAAUCAAGAAACUAAAUCUGCACUAAAAGCCUUUUAUCAAAAAAAAAAAAAAAAAACUAAAUCUGCACGGCGGAGAAAUUCCUGUCCUCUGCAGUGUUUAAAUUAAACGGCACUACUCUCGAUUGUAGAGAAUUUUCUGAUCUACUUGUUGAUUUAUUUUUGUUUUUAUCUGUUUCAAAUAGAAAUCUGAAAAUACUUCACGGUUACCCUAAAAUGAAUA